AUGGGAAAACAACAUUUCACGUCAAAAACGGUUGACGACACUGCUCUCAUCAAGACAGAUCCCUUGCUAAAGCCAUACCGAGCGCAGCUGCGUGAGCGGUUCGCACACUAUCAACGUUUCAAAGCAGAAAUUGAGAAAACCGGCGGCAUCUUAGGCGAGAUAAGCCAAGGACACCAAUAUUUCGGUUUCAAUCGCGGGGAAAAUGCCGGUGAGACCGGGGUCUGGUAUCGCGAAUGGGCACCGGGGGCACACACCCUUGCCCUUAUCGGCGACUUUAAUGGCUGGGAUCGCGGUGCAAAUCCGAUGUCCAUUGAUGACUGGGGCGUAUGGCAUCUCUUCCUGUCUGACAGAGACUACGCCGAUCGACUCACACACGAAAGUCGGGUCAAGGUGCAUGUUGUAUCAGAACUCGGUGGACUCGACCGAAUUCCAGCAUAUAUCCAGCGCGUUGUUCAGGAAGGUGAUGCCGAUUUCACCGGACAGUAUUGGGCACCGCCGUCCGCGUAUCAGUGGAAACAUCGCGCGCCUCGUUUUGAUGUCCGCACCGAGGGCUUGCGAAUCUACGAGGCACACAUUGGUAUGGCACAGGAAGCGGAAAAGGUCGGAACCUUCGAUGAGUUUACGCAAAACGUGCUACCCCGAAUUGCUGAUUUAGGCUAUAACGCCGUACAACUGAUGGCGGUAAUGGAACAUCCCUAUUAUGCGAGUUUCGGAUACCAUGUAAGCAAUUUCUUCGCCGUUUCAAGUCGUUUCGGGACACCGGAAGAACUGAAAGCACUUAUUGAUACCGCACACAGUAUGGGUCUACUGGUUAUCAUGGAUCUGGUACACAGCCACGCUGUCAAAAACCUUAAUGAAGGACUGAAUCGCUUUGAUGGCACGGCACACCACUAUUUCCAUGCUGGUGAGAAAGGUGACCACAUCGCAUGGGAUUCGCUUUGCUUUGAUUACAGCAAAUACGAAGUGCAACGCUUUCUCCUUAGCAACAUUCGCUACUGGUUGGACACCUACCGAUUUGAUGGAUUCAGAUUUGAUGGUAUCACAAGCAUGCUUUAUAGUGACCACGGUUUAGGACGGAAAUUCGAUGGCUACGCGGAUUAUUUCGGUGCAGAAGUCGAACGUGACGCUAUUGCAUACCUGAUGUUAGCAAACGAGGUCGUUCACGCCAUCAACCCUGCCGCAAUUUCAAUUGCUGAAGAUAUGAGUGGAAUGCCCGGCAUCGCGCGCCCUACCGAGGAGGGUGGACUCGGCUUUGAUUACCGGCUCGCAAUGGGUAUCCCGGAUUAUUGGAUUCGGUUGUUGAAGGAAAAACAGGAUGAAGACUGGCAUAUCGGCAAGAUUUAUGGCAUGUUGCGCAACCGCCGUACGGGUGAGAAACAUAUCGCUUACGCCGAAAGCCACGACCAAGCUAUCGUUGGUGACAAGACACUUGCUAUGCAACUCAUGGACGUUGAGCUUUACACAAACAUGGGUGUUUUCACAACAAGUCAUCGUAUUGCUCGCGGCAUUGCGCUCCACAAACUCAUCCGACUGCUGACCUUUAGUUUAGGUGGCGAGGGGUAUCUCAACUUCAUGGGAAAUGAAUUUGGACACCCCGAGUGGAUUGACUUUCCACGCGCGGGGAACAAUAAUUCCUACUGGUAUGCGCGCAGACAGUGGCACCUCGUCGAUGAUGAUACCCUCCGCUACAAACAUCUCAACGCUUUUGAUCGCGCGAUACAACACCUUGACGCAAUGUACCAUCUGCUUUCUGAUGAAAACAUCUAUCUUUUAUUUAUUCACGAGGACGCGAAACAGAUCGUCUAUGAACGGGGCGGACUCAUCUUCGCCUUCAACUUCCAUCCGACUGCAUCGGUCACAGAUUGGCGCAUCCCCGUCCCUCAGAAAAAGGAUUAUCGCCUUAUCCUCAAUACCGAUGAUACCACUUAUAGUGGCUAUAGUGCCGUAGAGGGUGGGCAUUAUCCGUGGCAAGAUGUAGCCAUGGAGGGACAUACGCAAUCCAUUCAACUGUAUGUCCCUGCUCGAAGUGCACAGGUGUUAGAGUGUGAAAAAAGUCACAUUCAUCAGUAG